AUGCCUGCCAUGAGGCUGUUCACUUGCUUCCUGCAGCUCCUGGCUGGGCUGGCGCUGCCUGCUGUGCCCCCCCAGCAGUGGGCCUUGUCUCCUGCGAACGGCUCAUCAGAGGUGGAAGUGGUGCCCUUCCAGGAAGUGUGGGGCCGUAGCUACUGCCGGGCCCUGGAGAGGCUGGUGGACAUCGUGUCUGAGUACCCCAGCGAGGUGGAACACACGUUCAGCCCGUCCUGCGUCUCCCUGCUGCGCUGCACGGGCUGCUGUGGCGAUGAGAACCUGCACUGUGUGCCAGUGGAGACGGUCAAUGUCACCAUGCAGCUCCUGAAGAUCCGCUCUGGGGACCGGCCCUCCUAUGUGGAGCUGACGUUCUCUCAGCACGUGCGCUGCGAGUGCAGGCCUCUGCGGGAGAAGAUGAAGCCAGAAAGGAGGAGACCCAAGGGCAGGGGGAAGAGGAAGAGAGAGAAGCAGAGACACACAGACUGCCACCUGUGCGGCGAUACUGUUCCCCGGAGGUAACCAGCCCCUCGGAGGAGAGAGACCCCACACCCAGCUCGUGUAUUUAUUACCGUCACACUCUCAGUUACCUCCCUGCUGGCACCUGCCCUCUAUUUAUUAGCCAAUUGUAUCCCUGCUGAAUGACUCACUCCCUCCAAGAGGAGGGGCAGGGAGGGACAGGACCCUCAGGAAUUCAGUGCCUUAAACAGAACGUGAGAGAAAGACAGAAGACAGACCCACGUGGCUUCAGCUUGGGAAGAAGCAAGACGUGUGGCUUUGUGAGGGGCAGGCCAGGCCCCAGAGGCUCCGGGGGUCACCAGGGGGCUGGAGAGGGAAGGA